CUAGUAGACUCCUGGCGGUAGUCACAAGUUGCGAACAUCUACUCCCGGCCACAACUACACGAUCCCACAAUUCAACGUACACAUCACCAGCUCUGCACUACUUCACGCAACCUCCUACCUCCGCCUAUAAUACCACGUAUCAAGCCACCUAUUAUGGCAAACCCUACAAUUGAGUGGAGAAGGCGCGUUCUGCUUCCCCUCUGGGCCAUACGAAUAUGCUUGUUGCUUGUUAUUGUCAUUGGUUUCUCUGUAGCAAUGGGUUCCAAUUACGACGAUGCCCGGCGCAUCAUCAGGUACCCUGCUGCUGUGGCUUUCCUUUUCUUCACGAUCGUCGUCCUGUUGCUGGAUGUGAUACAGAUCAUCCUUUGGACCCGCGACAGGCUCUAUCCCACCUACUUUGCCGGCUUGACUAUCUUCCAAGCGUUGUUCUGGGGACUUGUAUUGCUCAUGGACAUUGUUUCGAUCGCAAACAGUCAGCAAAGCUCUCGAGCAGUCAGCUUAGUCGUCGUCAUAUUUCUCUUAUACCUUGGCCUCUUCAUUUAUGCUCUGCGUGGCUUUUUGAAGCAACGCAGGCUUUCGAAACAAGGUCACUACACGCCAGCGAACGAUGCAGGGGCGCCCGCUGUCGCAGAGAUCCGAUACUCAGAGUCGACGUUCGAUCGAAACGACGAGCAACACCACUCGCCGAUAUACCGUGGGGGAGAUUUAGGAGAAUCAGAGCCGUUGUAUGCCGAGGACGAAGGGCUGGUGGAUCGUUAUGUCGACCGGCCUAAGAAAUUUACGACGAUGGUGUAAGAGACAAUUGUACUAAAGGCAUUACUGCAAUUUGGGCAGCAUUUUGAUUGGCAUGGAGGAGGCUUCGAACUUC